AGUUGCCCACUGUCACAGUCACAGAUUUUCACUUUUCUUCUUUAUGUCCUCUCUCUCUCUCUCUCUCUCUCUCUCUCUCUCUCUCUCUCUCUCUCUCUCUCUCUCUCUCUCUCUCUCUGUCUCUCUCUCUCUCAAACGAGCUCAUAUUGAAGCAUCUAAUAAAGCAGGUGGUUAUCGGGAGAUCUAAGGAGGGUUACUGUUCCACCUAUACCGGCUGUUAGGACGUCAUGACAGCCGAAAAGACGAUUCCCAUAAUCAAUGGAAAAGCAGAAGACACGAUGGAUCCCGAGGCGUCGAACCCGAGCGCGGUGCGCAGCAAUGAUAAGAAAGUGGUGAAUGAGAGGGGGCAGUGGAAUAAUAAGGUUGAGUUUGUGCUGUCAGUGGCUGGAGAGAUUAUCGGCCUUGGCAACGUUUGGAGGUUCCCAUAUCUGUGUUACAAGAACGGUGGAGGUGCUUUCUUUGUGCCUUAUGUCAUAUUCUUCAUCUGCUGUGGUAUCCCAGUCUUCUUCCUGGAAACAGCAUUGGGUCAGUUCACUAGUGAGGGGGGCAUAACAUGUUGGCGAAAAGUCUGCCCACUCUUUGAAGGCAUUGGCUAUGCGACCCAAGUUAUUGAAGCUCAUCUGAAUGUUUACUAUGUGGUCAUAUUGGCCUGGGCUAUUUUCUACCUGUUCAACUGCUUUACAACAGAGCUGCCCUGGGCAUCAUGUGGCCACUACUGGAACACGGAAAACUGUGUGGACUUCAACAAUGCAAGCAUUGCCAACCUCAGCAACCCAUAUGCCACAUCACCAGUCAUUGAGUUUUGGGAACGCCGUGUUCUCAGCAUAUCCUCUGGAAUUGAAGAAAUCGGCAGUCUUCGCUGGGAACUUGCUAUCUGUCUUGCUAUAGCCUGGGUCAUAUGCUAUUUCUGCAUUUGGAAAGGUCCCAAAUCAACUGGAAAGGUGGUGUAUGUCACUGCAACCUUUCCUUAUUUCAUGCUGUUGAUACUUCUUUUGCGAGGAAUCACGCUGCCUGGUGCUACUAAUGGAAUUAAGUUCUACCUGUAUCCUGACAUCUCUCGUCUGUCUGACCCUCAGGUGUGGGUGGAUGCUGGCACUCAAAUCUUCUUUUCAUAUGCCAUCUGUCUGGGCUGUCUGACUGCACUUGGCAGCUACAACAGCUAUAAUAACAACUGCUACAAGGACUGCAUCAUGCUGUGCUGUCUGAACAGUGGCACAAGUUUUGUGGCAGGAUUUGCAAUCUUCUCUGUGCUGGGCUUCAUGGCGUAUGAACAGAAUGUACCAAUAGAGGCAGUGGCAGAGUCGGGUCCUGGUCUAGCAUUCAUAGCAUAUCCUAAAGCUGUUACCAUGAUGCCGUGGUCUCCUUUGUGGGCCUGUCUCUUCUUCAUGAUGCUCAUCUUCCUUGGACUCGACAGUCAGUUUGUGUGUGUGGAGAGUCUUGUGACUGCAAUUGUGGACAUGUAUCCUAAAACCUUUCGCGUGGGCUACCGGAGAGAGCUUCUCAUCCUUGGCAUGUCUGUGGCCUCGUUCUUCCUGGGUCUAAUAAUGUUGACAGAGGGUGGCAUGUAUGUGUUCCAACUCUUUGACUCAUAUGCUGCCAGUGGCAUGUGUCUGUUAUUCGUGGCCAUCUUUGAGUCCAUCUGCAUUGGCUGGAUCUAUGGUAGCGACAGAUUUUAUUUGAACAUUGAGGAUAUGAUUGGAUACAAACCCAUCUUCUUCAUUAAAUGGUGCUGGAAGUUCUUCACUCCAGGCAUCUGUGCAGGCAUCUUUCUGUUCUUCUUAAUCAAGUACAAGCCUUUGAAGUAUAAUAAUGUGUACACAUAUCCAGACUGGGGUUAUGGCAUUGGUUGGAUGAUGGCCAUGUCUUCUAUGGUCUGCAUCCCUCUGGGAAUCUUGUUUCAGAUCUGGAAAACAGAAGGCACUUUCCGUGAGAGAAUCAAAAAGCUGACCACCCCCAGCUCUGACCUGAGAAUGAGGGGUCGACUCGGGUCCAGCGGUCCCUGUGCUAUCAAUGACGCUGAUGCCAAAAUGAAGGCGGAUGGCAAAAUCUCCACCAUUACAGAGAAAGAGACACAUUUCUAAACCCAGGACAUGGACAUUACUGACACAAAAGAGAAAAAAGAAUAAAAUAUAUGUUUGCCUUUAUUUUUAAAGAAAGAAAACUAUGAUCACAUUUGUAGUCUUGCUUUUUUGCACAAACAGGUAACACAUCACAAUUUAACAUGAUUAAAACUGUUUUGUAUCAGAGUGUAUCUAAAUCUAGAUAAAAAUGUUGUCAUAUUGUGUCACUCUUUGUUACGUUAGUCAUUUCUGUUCUUUUAGAAAGAUGCCAAGGUAUAAUGUGCUGUGAAAUUUUGUUACACAUUGACUCUUGGCCCUGUGCAGAUUACUGUAGAGUUAUAUUCUGAUGAUUAGGAGACCUGUUGAAGACCAUUCCAAAUGUUGGCUGUGUGUUUGAAGGUGACUCUCUGUGUUGUUGGUUGUGCUGUGGUUCUCCAUCCUUCAGCUUGCUUGACUCGCGGGGCGAGCAUGACGUAGCAAGCCCUUCCUCCACGGUUUCUUUAGCAGCUCAAAUACUUGGCCAUUUCACACCAAUUAAACUGAGUUUAAUUGAAGGUGACAGACCAAGCACAGUUUAUCACUAUUCUAAUUUCGGAUUAAGGGUCCAGAGAGUCAUUCGUACACACUCUUUAAGUACAUGAAGUUCAGUCUUUAUACUGUGAUGCUUUUGUAGCCUUUAAAGGAAUAGUUCACCCAAAAGAAAAAUUUCUGUCACCAUUUACUCACCCUCAUGUCAUUUAAAAUCCUCAAUGUAAAACUAAACAAGAAUCUCCAAGCUGCUCUUUUUUCAUACAAUGUAAGUACAUUGUGACCAUGGGCUGAAAACAAAAAAGCACCAUAAAAGUAGUCCAUAAGACUUGUAUGAACAUGUAUAGUGCAUGGGGUGCGGUAUUGACACUGUCCUUUUCUGCAUAUCAUGGCCCCCUUCAACAUAUCACAGUGCCAUUUUGUGGCCUCUUCAGCCAGUUGCGGCCCGUUUGGCACCGUUUCGCGGCCAGCCCACCAGAAAAAGUCCUGGUUCUCACUAUGGCCAGUCCACCCCUGCCACCAUAUACCAAGUAUUCUGAAGCUGGACGAUGGCUUUGUGUCAGGAACAGACAGAAUUUUCACAGACAGAAAGUCGAUAUUUGCUAAAACGUCUUUCCCUCCAUUGCAGCUCUCAGACUAAAAACCAAUGCCAUUUGGUUUCAUUAAUGUCAAACCAGAUGCAAGGUGUCUUUACAUACCAAGUUUGAAAAUGUGCACACGCAUAUGAAAUUUGAUAGCUAUGGUGUUUUCAUCACACAAAGCUAUCGUAUGAUUUCAGAAGAUUCAGAAUAUUUUGCACAAGUCAUUAAGUUUAUGCUUUUUUGAGCUUGACAGCCCCAGUCACAUUAUGCUUUCCUUAAUAAAUAAAAGUAUGGGAUAUUUUUUCUUUCUUUUGUGAUGCUUUUGUGUUCCACAGAAGAAAGAAAGUCACACAGGUUAGGAAUGCCAUGAGAGUUAGUAAAUUACAGAAUUUUCAUUUUUGGUUGAAAUAUCCUUUAAGGGGAGUUUGUUGGCCCAAGGGUGUUUUUUAUUCUUGUCGGCAGAGGUUCAGAUAAAGGUUAGGUUUGCAUGUGGGGAAAACAUUAAUGGUAUAGAUACAGUAAAGAACAGAUUUGGUGUGGAAAGAUAUAAAUGGCAAAGUGCAAAGUAUAAAUGGGCCCAAGAAUUUAAAUAAAUGUAAGGAAGCUGAUCCCCUAGGAAAGAGUACAAGCGACAAGGCAGUAUAAUCGAUUUACAGUCAUUUUUACCUGUUUAAUUUCUGUUUUAAGGGAUUGUAGCCAAGUCAUUGACAUCCAUUAAGUCAUUAGAAAGCAGUGGAAAUGUGUUUGAAUGACCCUAGCAAUCCAACAGCCUUAUGCACCUACAUCAAUUUGUGCUGGAUCUGUAAUGUACUAUCAAAGUUAAGAGCACUAUUGUGUUCAGUGUAGUAUCCCCAGGAUGCACUGCAAGUCCUUUGCACAUGCAUGCAACAUUUGGACUGGCCUGUUUCAUUGUGACAUCAUCAGUUUGUGAAAGUAAACUUGUUUGAUUAAUGGCCAGUUAACUUUUCAGAUAUAUGUGUAUUUUUUACAUUGUUUUAGUUUUUUUGUGUACUAUUUCUUGUUGAAAAAAAAAAAAAAAAAACAAACAUUGUUUCUUUAAAGACUUUUGAUAUGUCAUUCAACAAUGUUGUAGACUUAUGAUGGAAUUGAUAUGUGCUGUUUACACAGAUUUUGGUAUUCACAGGACAUGAAUUUUCUGCUUACUCAUUUUUAAAAAUAAAAGUUGAAAAGGGA